AUGGAACAGACUUUGGUCUGCGUGCUGGGAUUAUUCUCACUGAAUCUUCUCUUGUACUGUGGACAAGCUGAAGUUGUUCUGAAUGUUGAACCAAACUCGUCAGUAUUUUUCGAAAGCGAGUCUGUCACCCUCAUAUGUGACGUGAAGGAAGGAGAAGAGACGGACUGGUUGUAUUCUUACAACAGAGAAGCGUACAAACCUAAGGCAGUGAUUUUGGAAGGCAACAGUUCAACAGUGGGCACUGUGAUGUUGACCUGCUCUGUGAGCCCAUCAACAUCUGGCUGGGAAUAUUCCUGGUACAGUGGCACAAACGCCCAACCUCUGACUGCAGGGGGCGUCGUUUUCCACUCGAAUGACAGAAUCAGUGUCUCACAGGAAGGACUUUACCGGUGCGCAGGAGGACGAGGAACUCCACGUUACUACACCAAGCAGAGUGACACAUUUGUUGCCAUCACACCUGUUGUGAAGCUGAACCACAAUUGGCCUGAGGUUUUCUACCGAGAGAAGACCAGGCUCACGUGUGAGAUGAAGGGUGGAGAAAACGUCAUGUGGGGGUAUGAGUGGAUGAAACAGCAAGUUGUUCUUCCAGAAAAGAAAACGGAACAUGUAGUUGUCUAUGCUACAACAUCAUCAGACUACAUGUGCUUGAGGUUCUACUGGUACAAGCUUAUUCCUGACAUAGAUAAAGCAUACCUCUACGGAUAUGAGCUGCUCCCUGGAAGCACAAACGGGACCACACAGGAUUCCUAUGUCGUCUACAAUCACACAAAUACAGCAGGGUAUGCAUGCAGAGCAGGAAGAGGAGACCCAGUGCAUUACACGUUUUACAGUAAUCCCAAAUUUGUCUGGUCCAGAGAGUUUCAGUCACCACCGUCUCUCAGAGUGAGUCCUGACAAAGUUCAACACUUCAGGUCAGACUCUGUGUCACUGACCUGUGAGGGAAACUCGUCCACACAGUGGACAGUGGUGAAGUUUAAAGACGGUUUUAUGAGUCAGCGAUGCUCCAGUUUUGGGACACUGAAUGGAUCAACAUGCAUCACUAAGUUAAAUGAGCAACAUGCAGUGUACUGGUGCGAGUCUAAGUCAGGACAAUUCAGCAGCGCUGUCAACAUCAGUACAUCACUCAAAGGUAUUCUACUUGAGAGUCCGGCACAUCCUGUGGCUGAAGGAGCAGCUGUUACUCUUCGCUGCAAGCUGAAGACGGGGAACUUUGUUGCUAAUGUUGUCUUCUAUCAAAACGACAAAGUCGUCCAGAAUGACACGAGAUGGGAGCUGACGAUCCCUGCGCUGUCAGAGUCACAUGAAGGCUUUUACAGAUGUGAAGGAAAAUAUUCUCAGCAGACUCUGACUUCACCACAGAGUUGGAUUUCAGUCAAAUCUUUGUCCAAACCAGAAAGCUCUCCAGGUCAUUUGCCUCUGAUUGGUGGAUUGGUUUGUGGAGUUUUAGUAAUAAUUCCUCUGCUGCUGCUGCUGCUGGUCUUUUGCUACAGAAAGUCUAAAGGUGAGAUGUUUUUCUUUUUUAAUGUCGUUUCAUGUACUACAUCACCAUUAUAGGGAGCCCGGGUCAGGUCAUGC